CAUGCUGAGUGAAGACCUGAACCGGAAGUACUAAGCAGUUCUUCCGGUUCUGUCACAGUUCUGUUUGCGGCUCACCAAGUCGGAAAGUUGCGGUCUGGUUUUUUAACAGCAACGUUUAGUGGGUGACUUGUGUAUAAUUCAGAGUAAAUCAGUCGUACAAGGCCAGGAUAACACGGCGGAACUCUUUGUUUGUGAAGCGCGAUUAUCGAAGAAACACCGAAGCUAGUUAGCUUAGCAUAGCUAAGCAGGCCGCAGCCUGCAGCGGGUAGUUCAUGUUUGGGAGCAGACACCAGGAGGAAGCUUGUGACGGUUAUUAGAUGAACUAAAGCUCGUCCCAGGCGUGUUUCAGGGCAUGCUGUUGGACCUGAUCAGCUCCAGGUUGUGUGUCAGACGUGUAGGCGCAGUGUGUGUUUGAUGGUUUAGCAUUAGCUGUAUUAGCCUAAAGAGAAAAGGUGCAAUAAUGGAUGAUUUCAGCUCGAUCAGCCUGCUGUCACUGGCGAUGUUGGUGGGCUGUUAUGUGGCCGGGACAAUCCCUUUAGCUGUCAACUUCUCAGAGGACAAGCUGAAGCUGGUGACUGUGCUGGGAGCAGGGCUGCUCUGUGGGACUGCCCUGGCUGUCAUCAUCCCUGAAGGAGUCCACGCUCUGUAUGAAGAAAUACUGCAAGCUGGACACCAGCACAGUCCUGGUCAGGCUGGAGUUGUGGAGGCUUCAGAGACCAAGGUUGAAGCAGAAGCAGUUCUUGAUGCUACUGGGAAACAUGAGCACAGCCACGAGGAGCUCCACGCCUGCAUCGGUGUCUCUUUGGUCCUGGGCUUCGUCUUCAUGCUGCUYGUGGACCAGAUAGGCAGUUCUCAUGUUCACAACACUGAAGAUCCAGAGUCAGCGAGAGUCAGCAGCUCUAAAAUCACCACCACUCUGGGUCUGGUGGUCCACGCUGCAGCUGAUGGAGUGGCACUGGGAGCUGCUGCCUCCACUUCUCAGACCAGUGUUCAGCUCAUUGUUUUUGUAGCCAUUAUGCUGCAUAAGGCUCCUGCAGCCUUCGGUCUGGUAUCGUUCCUGAUGCAUGCUGGUCUGGAGAGGAACCGCAUCCGUAAACACCUGCUGGUCUUUGCUUUAGCAGCACCUCUUCUUGCAAUGAUUACAUUUUUAGGUCUCAGUCAGAGCAGCAAAGAGGCCCUGUCAAACGUCAACGCCACAGGAGUGGCCAUGCUGUUCUCUGCGGGCACCUUCCUGUACGUGGCAACCGUCCACGUCCUCCCGGAGGUGGGGGGCACYGGCCACAGCCACACUGCUGCAGGAGGGAACGGAGGCAAAGGACUGAGCAAGGUGGAGGUGGGAGCUCUGGUUCUGGGCUGCCUCAUUCCUCUGGUGCUGUCCAUCGGUCACCACCAUUAGACCCACUGCUGCAGGUGGACAGGGAGGAGACACUCGUCUUAUUGUCUGCAGCUGGACCUGAUGGAGACAGAGCUCCUCACAGGCAGCUCAGCCUGGAAGCAGACUAAAGUGAGCAGUGAAACCAGAGCUGGGCCCACCUGGUGGUGUUUCCUCUGCUGACACUGAUACACUCCAGCUGCUGCAGGACACAUGUUCAGAGCUGCAUCAUCGUGCUCCUCUGCUCUGAUUCCUCAUGUUUGAUUAGACGAGUUGGACAGCAGCUCCAGUCUUAACUUUGUCAUGUUGUAGAAGAAAAUCAACUUUAUUUUUAAAUUAAACCUGUAAAUUUCUCAAAUUGACUUUAAAGUGCCAUAUUAGCUCAUGGAGAAGAGGACGAAGCAGAACAAGCUUGUUCUUGUUCUCACAGAUCAUCAUGUUCCUGUAAAACACAAGAGAAGAACCUUUAGAACCUUUAGAACCUGAGCUCAGUGGAAGACAGAACUUUGUCACUUUUCUUUUCUUGGUUUACGUCUGCAGACACUUCUUCCUGUACUUUUAAUGUGAUGUUAGGUUACUGUGAUGAACCUGAGUACCACCUGUAAAUACCUGUUUGAGGUGAGGGCUUCUUUCAGAAUGAAAGAACAUGUUUGCCUUGCAGAGCUACAUUAACUAGAACCUUUAGGGACCAUCGGCUCAGGAGAACCAACAAUAUUGUGUGAGGAUAACUUUUUUUUUUCAUUUUAUAAAGAAUUCAUUAAUCAAAAACAGCAAUAAUAAAAAGGUCAAACUGGGGUAAAA